CGGUGACGGGCCAGGACCCGCCCCCCCCGGGGUGUGUGGACAAACACUGUGUCACGGCCGUUCUCCCUCUCUGCCGCCAUACUCCCACUCUGCCUUCAUUUACACAAGAAGGAGGAAGAGAGAACGCCAUGCAAGCGCGAUCCAUCGCGAGGAAUCCAAUGACCUUGUGACUCGCGUCAGACGGCAGACUCGCACGCCGUUCAGGAAAAACAAGUCGGUGGACAUUCUGUUGGUUUCCCUCCCUCCCUCGCUCGCUCUAUUCUCUGUCUUCCUCUUCUCAGUUGUUUCAGACACACGGGCCUGACAGCAGCUGGGGACGUUUCGCUGCGUCCACGCCACUGCGUCCACUCCACUGCGUCCACUCCACUGCGUCCACUCCACUGCGUCCACGCCACUGCGUCCACGCCACUGCGUCCACUCCACUGCGUCCACUCCACUCCACUGCGUCUGCGGCCCGGUCCUCGUCGGUCCUGCUCUGCCCUGGUGGCUGGUCCUGUCCCGUCCCGUCAUGGAGGGCUCCCUGCCCUUCUCCGCGCUCAACGACAGGCUGAGGCCCCACAGCACCCCGCAGCGCCUGUACGCCCCCCCCAGCAUCUGGGAGGACAGACAGACCCCCCGCCCCCUCAGGGAGGGCCCCUCGGGGGGGGGGGCCCGACCCACGCCGUACCAGGGGAGGCCCGACCCAGAGGAGUCUAACGCCGGGUCCGAAGAGCCCGCCGAGGAGGACUCAGAGACGGGGAGCUUGGACUCGGACGGCGGGUCCUCCAUGAACGAAGACCAAGGGAACCGCUCGGACCUCCUGUCCCUCCUGACCCAGUGUCUGGACCCCGCCAUGAGGCUCACAGACACCGGCUCCGAGGGGCUGGAGGACCCGGCCGAGGGCCGGCCCGAUGCCAGCUCCCCCUCCUCCACGGAGAGGAGCUCCGACCUCCCCGAGGGCUCCUCCUCCUGCCCCGCCCGGGAGACGGGACGGGGAGCGGACUCACGCGGAGCGGACCCACGCGGAGCGGACCGGAGCCUACCGGACCUGCUCCGGGGGAGCGGGCGGCCGCUGAGCAGGCGGCGGACGCUGGGGCCCGUCUCGGACACGCUGAAGGAGGUGCGGCGGGAGGUGGCUCUUUCCCGGAGCCGCAGCAUCCGUCUGAAGGCUCAGGUGGACAAGCUGCAGGAGGAGGGCCCCGGAUGGAGCCAGCACAGAGAGAGGGUGACGGAGGAGGUGCUGUCCAUCCUGAAGCUGCUCCGUCCUCUGAGCGACGCCAGGCUGGUGGAGCCCUCGUCCAGCGCCGACCGGCUGGACGCUGGGCUCAGCCAGCUGCAGCACGUCGCCCGCUCGCUGGCCCUCAGCCACGGCAACCAGUCAUCUGGAGUGGGGAAGAGGUCAGAGGACAUGGCCAUUCUGGAGCAAGCCCUCAGAGACAGAGACGAGGCUAUAGAGAAGAAGAAAGGAAUGGAGGCGGAGUUGCUUCGCAGUAAGUCAGAGAUGAUGUGUCUGAAUAACCAGCUUCUGGAAGCCGUGCAGAAACGACUGGAGCUCUCUCUGGAGCUGGAGGCGUGGAAGGAGGACCUCCAGUACAUCCUCAACCAGCAGCUGCAGCAGCAGCAGAGCCAGCAGGCGGAGGAGACCCAGAAGAGGAGCCGCGGGGGGCUGCUGAGGAGGACCCACCGGGUGCCGGUCCAGAGACCCGACCCCCCCGCCCCCGCCCCCGCCCCCUCGCUGUCCCGCGCCUUCAAGGGCCGGUUCAGGAGGGGCAAGGUCGGUCGCCAAGGAGACCAGGAGCCGGCGGGCCCCGAUGUACAGCAGGCGUCAGCCACUGGUUUCCAGACUGUAUCGCUGGACUAA